AGUAUCUUUGGCAAGUCUGGCUUCGGCCUGGCGUCAUUCCGUGCUGGGCCCGAGGAGGCCUGAGAAAUGAAAGAUUAAUCCAGCCCGGCGAACCCUGUGGUCCCACACCUCGGAGCGCAUCGGGACCGAGGCCCGAUCGGCCUCUCACGUAAUAAAUCUCCUGGCGGCAACCGGAGACGGGUUCUCCGCAUCCAGAGCCGCCAGCUCUGCCAGGACGGACUGAUGACAGUGCUCCCGAGGCCGGUGGGUCUGCCUCCGUCCCUCCCUCCUAAGUCCUCCCUCCUCCGGGGAGAGGGGUGGACACCCUGAACUGGAGGGGGGCCCAGGCUCGGCUGAGUAAGGAGGAGCGAGUGGCCUUUCAACCUCAGAGCGGCGCAAAGGGAGGGAUGGAAGACGAACAGGAGCCACCCUUGCAGCCUCGGACGCAGACUCAGGGCAGGGUCCUGCUCCAGACCGUCUGUGCAGCUGGCAUUGGUGGAACUUUUCAGUUUGGCUAUAACCUGUCCAUCAUCAAUGCCCCAACCGUGCACAUUCAGGAAUUCACCAAUCAGACGUGGCAGGCAAGGACCGGCCAGCCACUGCCUGACCACCUGAUCCUGAUCAUGUGGUCCCUCAUCGUGUCUCUGUACCCCCUGGGGGGCCUCUUUGGAGCGCUGCUUGCAGGGCCCCUGGCCGUCAUGCUGGGAAGGAAGAAGUCGCUCCUGGUGAACAACGUCUUUGUGGUGGCCGCGGCGAUCCUGUUUGGCUUCAGCCACAGAGCAGGCUCCUUCGAGAUGAUCAUGCUGGGACGGCUGCUCAUGGGAGUCAGUGCAGGUGUGAGCAUGAGCAUCCAGCCCAUGUACCUGGGGGAGAGUGCCCCCAAGGAGUUCCGGGGAGCCGUGGCCAUGACCUCAGCCAUCUUCACUGCCCUGGGGAUCGUGAUGGGACAAGUGGUGGGACUCAGGGAGCUCCUGGGUGGCCGGCAGGCCUGGCCCCUGCUGCUGGCCAGCUGCCUGGUGCCCGGGGUGCUGCAGCUGGCCUCCCUGCCCCUGCUCCCCGAGAGCCCGCGCUACCUCCUCAUUGACCGUGGAGACACUGAGGCCUGCCUGGCCGCGCUGCAGCGGCUGCGGGGCACUGAGGACUUGGCGGCGGAGCUGGCGGAGCUGGAGGAGGAGCGGGUGGCCUGUCAGGGCCUGCGGGCCUGGCGCCCCUGGGAGCUGUUCCAGGACCGCACCCUGCGGAGGCAGGUGGUGAGCCUGGUGGUGCUGGGCAGCGCCAUGGAGCUCUGCGGGAAUGACUCGAUGUACGCCUACGCUUCCUCCGUGUUCCGGGAGGCGGGGGUCCCCCCGGAGAAGGUCCAGUAUGCCAUCAUCGGGACCGGGUGCUGCGAGCUGCUCACAGCGUGUAUCAGUUGUAUGGUCAUUGAGAGGGUAGGCCGGCGGGUGUUGCUGAUUGGGGGGUACUGCCUGAUGACCUGCUGGGGGAGCAUCUUCACAGCGGCCCUGUGCCUGCAGCCCUCUGCUGCAGAGUUCCUUCCCCUGGAUGCCCUACCUGGCCAUGUCCUGCAUCUUUGCCUUCAUCCUCAGCUUUGGCAUUGGCCCCGGAGGGAUUGUCCUACUUCCUCUAUGUGCCUUUCCUCGUUGUCUGUGUCUGUGGGGCCAUCUACACGGGCUUCUUCCUUCCUGAGACCAAAGGCAAGACCUUCCUGGAGAUCUCCGAAGAAUUGCACAGACUCAACUUCCCCGAGCGGAGGCAGGGCCCCCCGUGGAGGGGCCCCAAGGUCAUCCAGUCCACAGAGCUGUAGCCCCACAGCGGUGGCUGGGGCUGACAUAGCUUCCGCUCGUCCCUUUGCUUCCUCUCCAUUUACUAGCUCCUGUGUUUGUUCACUUAAUGAGUGCUUAUUAUAUGAGCACCUACUGUGUGCAGGAAUGGUGCCAGGUGCCUAGCAAUAGUGGUGAGCCAGAGAGAUGGGAUCCUGGGCCUCUUGGUGUUCCCCACCUAGAGGCCGUUAACGAACAGGAAACCCAUAAAAACAUAACUACAAACUCAGGGAAAUGCAGUGGAAGAAAAAUACAGGUUGUGAAAGGCGUGCACACCCCGGGGGUGGAGGUGCAGGUGGGGCUGACCUAGUUUGAGGGGCAUGCAUGGUCAGAAAAGGAUUUUCUGAAGAAUUGAUUUUUUAAAAAUGAACUUUAUUGUCUCUGGCUGGAAGCUCAGUUGGUUCAAGUGUCGUCCUGAUAGGCCAAAGUUGUGGGUUCAAUCCCCGGUCAGGGCACAUACAAGAAUCAACCAAUGAAUGCAUAAAUAAGUGGAACAACAAAUGGAUGUUUCUCUUUCUCUAAAAAUCAAUAAAAAAUAAAAUUAAAAUCAACUUUAUUGAGGUAUAAUUUGCGUAGAAUAAAAUGUAUCCGCAGUGAGUAUACAUGUGAUGAGUUUUGACAGAUUUAUCCACCCAUGAAACUACCAAACACUGCGACAAGGUAGAACAUUCACAUCACCCCCAAAUCUCCCUUUGCAAUCAAUAGCCCACCCCUUCCCAGCCCCAAGCAACCACUGACCUGUUUUCUGUCACUACAGCCCAGAUUGGCCUCUUAUAUAUCGAAUUUGACAUAAAUCCAUGCUGUAUGUAUGCAUUUGUGCCUGGCUCUGCUCCCGAUAAAGUUUUAAAAAUUCAUGCAGGUUGUUGCAUGUAUUAAUAUAUACUCCUUUGUAUUUCUGAGUAAUAUUCCACUGUAUGGAUAGGACACAAUUUGCUUAUCCAUUUACCUGCUGGUGGACAUUUGAGCUGUUUCUGAUUCUUGGCCAUCAUGAAUAAAACUGCUGUGAACAUUCCUGCACAGGCUGUUGUGUAGACAAUGUUUUCAUUUCU